CUAAAAACAUGUUAUUCUGUCAUGCUUGGUGAUAGAGGAUGCUGAUUUCUUUGGUGCUGUGUGCUGUUCUGCUGAUCGGAAGUGGUGAAAUUCAGAAUGAUGAAUGGAUUGAUCCAACAGACAUGUUGAAUUAUGAUGCAGCUUCAGGAACAAUGAGAAAGCCUGAUGUGGUGAACCUGGAUGAUUCUGAAAAUAAGAACAUACCAAAAGAGGCAGUGGUAGCAGGAAAUUUUUUGGACGUUUCUAAGUGCCAAAGAAAACUAGAUUCAACCAUUCAGAAGCUUGAAGAAUAUGAAAAGAAAGAGAGAGCCAAGUUGUAUGAAAGCAAUAGCAUUCAUGUUUUUAAGAGAUACUUGAAUAAAAUUUUAAUUGAAGCAGGAAGACUUGGUCUACCUGAUGAUAAUAUUGGAGAUAUGCAUUACGAUGCUGAGAUCAUUCUCACUAAACAGACAUUGAAUGAAAUCAACAGAUUUCUUAAUGAAGAAGGCUGGAAAUCAGCUGCUUUGGAUGAUGCACUUAGUGAUAUUCUGAUUAAUUUUAAGCAUCAUGAUUAUGAGGCUUGGAAAUGGAAGUUUGAGGAUGUGUUUGGAGUUGAUCCCUACAAUAUCUUCAUGGUACUUCUGUGUUUAGUGUGCCUUGCAGUAAUCGUUGCUACAGAACUCUGGACACGCAUAGGGUGGCUGACACAACUAAAACGUGUUUUAUUCAUAAGUUUUCUUAUCAGUUUUGGAUGGAACUGGAUGUACUUAUAUAAGGUAGCCUUUGCACAGCAUCAGGCUGAAGUGGCAAAAAUGGGGAACUUUGAUAAUGUGUGUGCUGAGAAAAUACAUUGGAGUGAUGGCCUUUUUGAAUGGUUUAGAAGCUCAUGGACAUUCCAGGAUGACCCUUGCCAAAAGUAUUAUGAAACCAUAUUAGUAAAUCCUAUUUGGCUGGUCCCUCCAACAAAGGCUUUGGCUGUUACGUUUACCAAUUUUGUAACAGAGCCAUUGAAGCACAUAGGGCAAGGAAUUGGGGAAUUUAUUAGAGGACUCAUGAAAGAGAUCCCAGUGUUGCUACAGCUUCCAGUGCUAAUCAUUAUUGCUGUUGCAGUUUUGAGUUUCUGCUAUGGGGCAGGAAGAUCAGUUACUUCAUUAAGGCAGUUAACCUACCAAGAGAGACAGGAGCCUCCUUCACUUCCACCAAGCAACUCGAAAAGACAGGAACCUAUAGUAUAUCACCAACCAAAUGGAGCAGACAGUAGAGUCAACUACUCUGUGGGGUGUAUUGACUGCAUCAAUAGAGGGCCUUUUGACAGAGGAGAUGCUUCGAAAGCAAGAAACGAAUGCCAAAAAUCUCAAGAAGGCAGCAAAAGCAACAUUGACAUUUUGCGAGCAUGCGAUGUGCUUGAUACGCCACUUGAAGAGCAUCCCAAAGUGGCAACCAAGAGUAACCUGUCUUUAGAAGAAGAUAAGUUGCAAGUAAAACCAGAAAAAAAAGACCGUGAUGACCAUGGGAUUGGACUGUAUAGCAAACCAAUGGUUCAGACUGACAGAGUACAGAAAAACAGCACAGGUCAAAGCCUAGGUGAAAUAAACAUAGCUGAACCAACGAGACCAUGCCAUGCACAAGAACCUCCAAAUUGCAAUGAAGAGGAAGCAAAGUAUAACUCUACAGAGGAUAAGAAAGUGAAGCAAGAUGCUCUGGAGACAAUAGAAGGAUUUGAGAAGAGGAAUGAAAGUAUCUCAUGUGAAUUAAAGGAACCCUCACAGAAGAUUACAGAAAAUUUGAGCUUCACUGAACAAAAUCAGAGGAAUACUGCUUCCUGAUAGACCUCCAGUUGUACCAGUGAAUCCCCUCCC